AUCAGGGCUUGUGUAUAUUUGAUGUUCCCAAUGGCGUGCAUUAGCCUGUUUCUUUUUUACUUACUAAUGUUGUCUCUGGAUCUCUUUCUGGAACGGCCACUAUCCCUAGAGAUUAAUGUUCUUCUGAUGAAAUGAAACCACAGGUCCACAAAUAUCAUUGACUUUGCUGUCUCCAUUUGGCAUUAGACACAUACUCAUUAGUGGACAUGAACUGUAAUAUGAACUGUAAUAUAAAGUGAUUGAUGUGAUGUAAAAAGUAAGAAUGUUAGAGAAUUAAAUUUUUUGAAUUAAUAGUAAGGAGCUAUUGCCAAAGGGUGCCGAGGAGUUCUAGAAUAGCCCAGGAAGCUUUGCCAUGUUAGCCUUUUAAGAGACUAGUAGGAAUGCUCAAGCUCAAGCAGGUACUUAGUCAAUGGUAGGAGAAUAGUCCUCGUCAGGAGAAGAAGUAACUAGUUGCACAGCUACAGAGGUGUGUCAUGGAUUUGAGCUCUAUAGAGUUGAAGUUGAAGGUAAUCUCGGCUAGAGAUCUCAAGGGCUUCAAUUUCUUCCAGAAGCUAUCAGUCUACGCUGUGGUCCGCCUUGUCAACGAAGAAGUGAAGAAAAAGCAAAAGCAUGAGCAACAACAACUGCAGCGUCAAAAAACGCCAGUGGACAGAGUUGGAGACAGGAACCCAGAGUGGAAUCACGAGAUGCAGUUUGAUCUUAAAGACUUGUUGCUUCCUGAUGACCGCAAUCAUCUUUUUCUGAGAUUUGAUCUUCUCAGCGAAGGUAUCGUUUUCGGUAACAACACCGUUGGUGAAGUCCAGGUUCCAGUAUUCAAGGACUUGAUUGAUGAUGAGUCUAACGGAGCUAUGAGGUUCGUCAGUUAUCAGGUUCGAAGCCGUGACGGUAAGCCUAAUGGGGUCUUGAAUUUCUCUUACAAGGUGAAGAAUGGGAAAACCAACAAGGAGAAGGAGGUGGUCAAAAGUGAUACUAUAAAACUGGGCUCAUUUUCUAAAGAGAAAAUUGAUUAUCCAAGAGUGGAAGUUGAAAAUAGGGCAGGGGGGGAGGGGCAUAUAUGCUAUCCUUCACUGGAUGAUGUUGUCUCGCCCAGAAUUAGCAUCCCUUCUCCGAAGAGUUACAAAUAUUGGACACCACCAUCCCCGCAGCCAUACUUGUCUCCUGCCGGGGUGUCUUAUCAUCCAUAUCCGUCAAUACAACAAAUUCCGGGGAUAUAUUGCUACAAGCCGGAGUCGAUGAGUUAUGGUUACGCACUUGCACCCAGCUUGUGCGGCUACUCUGGAGGUGGUGCAUCAUCCAAUUAAUGUCCAAAGAUGGGAAUAGGGAUUAGGGAGUGGAGGAGGAGAUGAUGGAUCAUGUCGAUGUCUGCCUUGUAGUUGUACUGUUGUAGGGACUAGCUAGGGAAGUAUUAUUUAAUAUUUAUGAUAUGAUUAUAUAGAAUAUAGCAUUUGAUGAUA